AAGCACAUUACUCAGGAUCACGCAGUUAGUGGCUCAGUCAACUGUAAAGAGGAAUGGUGCACUUGGAGGCUGGGGACCACGGGUCACAGUGCAUCCACAGUGCACAGCGUACUUUCCUCUCCAGCUAUUGGGAUGGUGUCCUAGCUUGGAUUUAUAGAUCGAUCGAUCUAUACUUGACACAGGUUAGAGAUAUCUGGCAAAAGGCAAUUCAAUUGGAAAAAAAUGCCCCAUCAGUUUGUCUGUAUGCAACUCUGUACCGUGUUUUCUUGAGUGUGUGUGUGUGUGUGUGUGUGUGUGUGUGUGUGUGUGUGUGUGUGUGUGUGUGUGUGGUGUGUGUGUAGUGGAGCAGCCUACUGGGGUGGGUACCAACCCUGGGCAACUGGAAGUUGAGGGGAUCUUUGUAUAAACAAAAGUUCAUUCAAGUUCAAGUGUGUGUGGGGGUGGGGUGGGGGCUAAAAACAUUUGCAUAGAUGUUUUGCAAAGCAAGGCAGAUAGCACAAUGUUUACUCUAGGACAAUGGCUUAGUUGUUAAGUUCUUGCCAAACAAGCUUGAGAGUCUUUGAGUUCUGAUUCCCAACACCCACUAAGAAGCCAAAAGUGGGUGACACACACUUGUAAUCUGCUAGAGUGGGGAGUGGAGCCAGGAGGUAACUCUGGAGCUCGCCGGCUAACAGUCACCAGGCAAAGUGAGAAUCCCUUUGCAGGUUCUGAGACUUGUCCACCAAAUAAUUUAGAAAGCUCAAGAAUGAAUUUAUUACAGUUUAAGAAAAAAACAGUACAGGGUAUAGUAUAGGAGAGGUGAAAAUCCAAGCAGUCACCUAGAGCAGGUGAGAAACAUGUCAAGCCUUUUCAGUUUGUUACAAAAUAGAAAUAGAUUAAGAAAGAGAAGUCCAGGGCUGGAGAGAUGGCUUAGUGGUUAAGAGCACUGUCUGCUCUUCUAGAGGUCCUGAGUUCAAUCCCCAGCACCCACACAGGGGCUCAUAACUAUCUAUAGUGUGAUUUGAUGCCCUUUUCUGGUGUGUAGGCGUACAUGCGGGGCACUCAUACGUGAAUAUAUAAAUCUUAAAGAAAGGAAAAGAAGCGCAAGCUAGGCAUAGUGGUGCAUGCCUGGCAGAGGCAGAUGGAUCUGAGUGAGUUCAAGGCCAGCCUGGUCUACAGAGCAAGUUCUAGGACAGCCAGAGCAGAACAAAGAAACCUUGUCUUAGGAAAAAAAAAGGAGAAGAAGCAUUCUGAAAGUGGAAGUGGGCUACUGAGCCAUGGUCAGAGCCCAUAAAGCACCUGGCCAUGCUGUGUGUAUGGCCCUUUAAGUCCCUCUCAUGAUCUCACACUUGCUCUGUGUUAGAUAAUAUCAAAUCAAGGGUUCCAGGCUUCCUGUGUGACCUGGUUCUUUCCUGUGUUAAUCUUCAUUCUGCUUCUUAAGUUCCUGCUCUUCUAUCACACCCUCAUCAAAUUAGUGAUGACCAGGUUCAGUGAGGGACCAUACCACAGAGACACAGAAACACACACACACACACACACACACACACACACACACACACACACACACACUACACCAUUCUAGUAUAGUUCACAGUUUAAAGAUUUUUAAAGAUUUUCCCUUCUGAGAUAUAAAACUGCAAUUUUCUAGGAUGUCAUCAAAAAUUCCAUUUCCGGGGCUGGGGAUUUAGCUCAGUGGUAGAGCGCUUACCUAGGAAGCGCAAGGCCCUGGGUUCGGUCCCCAGCUCCGAAAAAAAGAACCAAAAAAAAAAAUUCCAUUUCCAGGGAAAAGACAUGUACUAACCCCCCAUGCGUCACCCUACUGGUUUCUGAUUUCAUUUUGUCAGGUUAUAAUCCUAUCCAAGGCACUUUUGAGCUGUCCAAUAAUCUCACUUAUCAAAAGAGAAAGAAAGGGAAUGAAAGAGAUUCUUACAUCAUUUUCAUUUUUCUAAUUUUUAUUUUUUAAUCUUUUUUAUUGGAUAUUUUAUGUAUUUACAUUUCAAAUGUUAUCAUCUUUCCCCCCUCCUUCUCCCUCCCCCUGUUUCUAUGAAGAUGCUCCCACUCCCACCCACCCACUGCCACCCAAAUGCCCUGGCAUUCCCCUACACCGAGCCUUCAUGGGACCAAGGGCUUCUUCAUCUAUUGAUGCCCGACAAGGGCCAUCCUCUGCUACAUAUGCAGCUGGAGCCAUGAGUCCAUCCAUGUACUCAUUGGUUGGUGUUUAAGUCCCUGGGAGCUCUGGGGGGUUUGGUUGGUUAAUAUUGUUUUUCUUCUUAUGGGGUUGCAAACCCCUUCAGCUACUUCAGUCCUUUCUCUAACUCUUCCAUUUGGGACCCAUGCUCAGUUUAAUGAUUAGCUGAAACCAUCCUCAUCUGUAUAAGUAGGGCUCUGGCAGAGCCUCUCAGGAGACAUCCAUAUCAGGCUCCUUGGCACUUCUUGGCAUCAGCAAUAGUGACUGGCUUUGGUGGCUGCAUAUGGGAUGGAUGCCCCAGGUGGGGCAGCCUCUAGAUGACCUAUUUUAAUUUCCUGCUCCACUCUUUGUCUCUGUAUUUCCUUCCAUGAGUAUUUUGUUCUCUCUUCUAAGAAGGACAGAAGCAUCCACAUUUUGGCCUUCCUUCUUCUUGAGCUUCAUAUGGUCUGUGAAUUGUUUCUUGGGUAUUUCGAACUUUUGGGCUAAUAUCCACUUAUUAUUGGGGACUAGACAAGGCUGUCUACUCUCUCCCUACCUAUUCAGUAUAGUACUUAAAGACCUAGCCAGAGCAAUUAGACAAUAAAAAGAGGUCAAAGGGAUACAAAUUGGAAAGGAAGAAGUCAAAAUAUCAUAUCAUAUCACUAUUUGCAGGUGAUAUGAUAGUAUACUUAAGUGACCCCAAAAAUUUCGCCAGAGAAUUCCUAACCCUGAUAAACAACUUUUGCAAAGUGGCUGGAUAUAAAAUUAACUCAAAUAAAUCAGUAACCUUUCUCUAUGCAAAGGAUAAAUAGGCUGAGCAAGAAAUUAGGGAAAUGACACCUUUCACAAUAGUCACAAAUAAUAUAAAAUACCUCGGUGUGACUCUAACCAAGUAAGUGAAAGAUCUGUAUGGCAAGAACUUCAAGUCUCUGAAAAAAGAACUCGAAGAAGAUCUCAGAAGAUGGAAAGGCCUCCCGUGCUCAUGGAUUGGCAGGAUUAAUAUAGUAAAAAUGGCCAUUUUGCCAAAAGCAAUCUACAGAUUCAAUGUAAUUGACAUCAAAAUUCCAACCCAAUUCUUCCUAAAGUUAGAAAGAGCAAUUUACAAAUUCAUUUGGAAUAACAAAAAACCCAGGAUAGUGAAAACUAUUCUCAACAAUAAAAGAACUUCUGGGAGAAUCACCAUCCCUAACCUCAAGCUGUAUUAGAGCAAUAGUGAUAAAAACUGUAUGGUAUUGGUACAGAGACAGGCAGGUAGAUCAGUGGAAUAGAAUUGAAGACCCAAAAAUGAGCCCACACACCUAUGGUCACUUGAUCUUUGACAAAGGAGCUAAAACCAUCCAAUGGAAAAAAGGCAGUAUUUUCAAUGAAUGGUGCUGGUUCAACUGCAGGUCAGCAUGUAGAAGAAUGCAAAUCGAUCCAUUCUCACAGUCUUUUAAAAUGCAAUUCCAGAGUCAUCCAGAUGGCUUAUAAGGCUGAUUAUACAUAUGGCUUAAUUAGUUGUAGGUCUUCCUCCAGAAGCUCAGACCCACACCUGAGAGUAUGCCUUACUUCCUUUCUCUGAGGAUCUCCUCUUAGCCUAAUCUUCGUGCUUAAAGUCUGUGUUAAAAUAUUGGUAAUGAAAUAUCCAACUGUAUCCUGGGCAGUGGUGGCUCACGCCUUUAAUCCCAUCACUUGGGAGGCAGAGGCAGGCAAUUCUCUGUGAGUUCCAGGUGACCUGGUCUAUACAGUGAGUACCAGGACAGCCAAGAGUACCAGAGAAAACCUGUCUAUAAAUAAAUAAAUAAAUAAAUAAAUAAAUAAAUAAAUAAAUAAUCCAACUUGUGUUGAAGCCAUGAUUCUGACUUGGCCUGACUUGAGGUUCUAAAAGAUUAGAGGACUUCUUCAGGUUGCCAAGGAUGACACAGAGAGCUGUGCCUCUGUCCCCUCACUGCUGACAAUACAAAUCAGGACCCACGCAGACAAAGCGAAGGCAGAGAGAGAUGUCAGGCUUUACUCUGAUGUUAGCCACACCUGUGUGGAAGAUUCUUCAGACUAGGACUUUGGGGGAUCUUGGGGGAUACUCAGCCCCCCCCCUCUUUUAAAGGUUUAUUUUAUUUAUAGGAGUAAACCGUAGCUGUCUUCUGACACACCAGAAGAGGGCAUCCCAUUACAGAUGGUUGUGAGCCACCAUGUGGUUGCUGGGAAUUGAACUCAGAACCUCUGGAAGAGCAGUCAAUGCUCUUAACCGCUGAGCCAUCUCUCCAACCCUAAAAGCCUACUUUAAAUAAAAGUCAAGCAUAGAGAAAUCGCAUGAGGAGAUGGCUCCCUGCUUGCUUGCUUCGAGACAACCUAGGGUCUUUACCAGUCACAGCAGACUGAGACCCGGAGGCAGACUUUCUCAGGCCGAGAAUCCUGGCGUUCUGCCAGGUAAGCUGCAAACCUGAGGAAGCCGCCUUCACACCUCUUCUCAAGAGAAAGUAACUUUGUUUUUAAUUAUAAGAAGCAACACAUCUGGGUUUGGUGGCUGUAUGUAUAUGGGCUGGAUCCCCAGUUGGGGCAGGCUCUGAAUGGCCAUUCCUUCAGUCUCUGCUCCAAACUUUAUCUCCAUAUCUCAUCCUAUAAGUAUUCUUGUUCCCCCUUCUAAGAAGGACUGAAGCAGCCUCACUUUGGUCAUCCUUCUUCUUGAGCUUCAUGUGGUCUGUGAAUUGUAUCCUGGGUAAUUUGAGCUUUUGGCCUAAUAUCCACUUGCCAGUGAGUGGAAGUUCUUAUCGGUCAGACAAUAUAGUAGUUUGGUACUCUGUUGCUGGGAUUAAAAUCACCAUCAAAAAAACAACCUGGAGAGGAGAGGGUGUAUUUGCCUUCUGGGUCCUGAUCGCAAUCCAGCACCGGAAGAAAAUCUGGACAGGAAGUGAAGCCAGAGCACAGGUGGGAACCAGGGAGGAAUGCUGUUUGCUGGCUUGCUUCCAGGAUCUCCCAGGACAACCUGCCCAGGGCUGGCACUGCUGUCAGAGGGCUGAGUCCUGCCACAUCUAUCAACCAUCGAGAAAAUGCCAUGCAAACACUCGUACAGGCCAAUCUGAUAGAGGCAUGUUGUCUUUUUUCCUCAAAUGAGUUUCUCUCUUCCCAUCUGAUUCUACUGGGCAAAACCCAGCCCAGUCACCCUUAGAGACUCAACACCCACGACAUAGCUUUUGCUUGGAACUUCAGCUUACAAUGCCUCCCCACUAUCCUUCCCAUUAUAUGUAGUAAAUGCACUGGCUUAGUAGUUUUAGUUUUGUGACAGUGGAGUUCACGCGACCUCUUCUACCAUGGGGCAUGCCAUUUAGGGAAACCCGAAGCCAGGUUCAUGGGUCAUAUUAAUUAAUGUUUGCUCCUGAAGAAACUCCUCAUCCUGUGUGGCAAGAGCUAAGUUACUGUGGGGACCUAUAAAAUGCUUUCGGGUAAAAAUGCAAUUUCUCAGCGUCUAUUCUAGAAACCCUUCAAGAGGGUGAGCGCUUCUCACAGGCAGGUCUCCAACAGAGCCAAGGGCACGGGGCACGCUCAGGGCAUUGUCUUCCCUUGGCCAAAGCAGAGGAGGAAAUAUUUUAUAUAUGGAUGCUGCAAAGCCGGAUGAAACACAAUGACCAGGAAGUGCUCAACGCAUCUGAGGCUACGAAAACUACAUAGAAAGAACACACCCUGUUCCAAUUUGCCUCGUUUCUCCUGGCAGGGAACUUACAGAAGUACCCACAUGCAAAUCUGUGCAACUUCCUGCUUAAAGUGGGGGUUGGGGAGUUGGGGGGGGGAGAUAAAAAAGAAGACUGGCUAAGAAUCUCAAGGCAGGUUGGGGAUUUAGCUCAGUGGUUAGAGCGCUUGCCUAGGAAGCGCAAGGCCCCGGGUUCGGUCCCCAGCUCCGGAAAAAAAAAAAAAAAAAAAAAAAAAAAAAAAAAAAAAAAAAAAAAAAAAAAAGAAUCUCAAGGCAGAGCUGUAAAUCUCAGAGAAUGCUUUCCCCGGGCCUUGAACGCUAGUGAGUUUGCCCUAUAAGACAUAAAACCGAUUCUAGUCCAGUACCUUUCGUGUAUAUUAUAUUCUUCAUUGUCCAAUCUACCUUUUGCCCAUGAACGUAAAUUAUCCAGAUCCAGUCCCAGCGGGAAUUCUGGGAACGUUCAGUCUCUAGAACUGUGCUCUUGGGCAGUGUUUGCUGGUUAUUGGUGGGGACUCUCACCCACAGCCCUUCAAAGGAGGCAGUUAACGACUCUGUGGACUUUGGGCUAAGGAGGUGGUGAUACACGGGCCUGGGCGAUGUGGCUGGAAAUGGAGAAACCCUGGGAUGUGGUGAAUGCUUUUGCCCCCAAGGAGCCUCUUCCAGCUACAUGCGCAGGACUACAAGCCCUCACAAACACCUCCACCCACAUCGGACGCCUUGCUCAAACCAAUGGGCCGUGUCCAGAAGGAAAGUGCCUUGUGGCUGGGAUUGUCUCCACAGUCUGUGGCAAGACCAAAUUCCAAGGGAAGAUCUAUGGCGGUUCUAUUGCAAAGGCUGAGCGGUGGCCAUGGCAGGCCAGUCUGAUCUUUCGUGGUAGACACAUCUGUGGAGCGGUUCUCAUCGACAAAAACUGGGUAGCCAGUGCUGCCCACUGCUUCAAAAGGUCUCUCAAACCAUCUGACUACCGGAUCCUGCUGGGGUACAACGAGCUGAGUAAUCCUUCCAACUACAGCCGGCAGAUGACACUGAGUAAGGUCAUCGUGCACGAGGACUACAACAAGCUCCACAGUCAGGAGAAAGACAUUGUCCUGAUUCAGCUGCACCUGCCCGUGCGCUACAGUUCCCACAUUUUCCCAGUCUGUGUCCCCGACCAAACCACCAAGGAGCCUUCUGAUGAGUCCUGCUGGAUAAGUGGCUGGGGAAUGGUGACAGAUGACAAGUUUCUGCAAGCACCUUUCCCUCUGCUCGACUCGGAGGUCUUCCUUAUGAAUGACCAGGAAUGCGAGGCCUUUUUCCAGACACCGCAAAUCAGCAUCACUGAGUAUGAUGCUAUAAAAGAUGACAUGAUAUGUGCCGGGGACAUCACCAAUCAGAAAUCCACCUGCCGAGGAGACUCUGGGGGUCCCCUCGUCUGCUUACUGGAUAGCUACUGGUACUUGGUAGGGCUGGCCAGCUGGAGUGGAGCAUGUCUAGAACCGAUACACAGCCCCAGCAUCUUCACCAGGGUCUCUCACUUUUCUGACUGGAUCGAGAAGAAAAAGGCAGACACGCCUGACGUUGACCCCUCCCUCGCACCCCUUGAGGAAACGGCACCAUCCCUGAUAGGCUGGAGGAAUUACAGUGCAGGCACUACCCUCGAACCCAGGAUCUGCACAACCCUGCUGUCUUCUCAGGUCCUCCUCCUGCAAUCCAUUUGGCUCAGGAUUCUGUGAUUUGCCCGCAGAGCCUUGCUGGCCAUCAUGUCUGCCAGCCAUCAUGUCUGCUGGCCCAGUAACCGAGAGUCACUUUGUAUGAGUGAGUCCAUCUUGUGGGCUCACCUGUCCCGUCUGAGGCCACGUGGGUUCCAGGCCUGACAGAAUAAAGCAACUAAAGACA